CUUGCGCGCUGCGCGGGAUUUGCGCGCCGCGCCAUGCCGGCGGCGCAGGGGGCUGCGCGGCGCUGCGCCCUGGCGGGGCUGCUGCUGUUGCUGCUGCUGCCCGCGGCCGCGGGGGCCGAGGGCAAGGCGCGGAGCUGCGGCGAGGUGCGGCAGGCGUACAGCGCCAAGGGCUUCAGCCUGGCCAGCGUGCCCUACCAGGAGAUCGCAGGGGAACAUUUGAGAAUCUGCCCUCAGGAAUAUACAUGUUGCACCUCAGAAAUGGAGGACAAGUUAAGCCAACAGAGCAAACUGGAGUUUGAAAACUUAGUGGAGGAGACAAGUCACUUUGUACGCACCACUUUUGUAUCCCGGCACAAGAAGUUUGACGAAUUUUUCCGAGAACUUCUGGAGAACGCAGAAAGAUCCUUAAACGACAUGUUUGUCCGGACGUACGGCAUGCUGUACAUGCAGAACUCGGAGGUGUUCCAGGACCUCUUCACAGAACUAAAGCGGUAUUACACAGGAGGCAAUGUGAACUUGGAGGAGAUGCUGAAUGAUUUCUGGGCUCGGCUGCUGGAACGGAUGUUCCAGCUUAUAAACCCCCAGUACCAUUUCACUGAGGACUACUUGGAGUGUGUAAGCAAGUACACAGACCAGCUGAAGCCAUUUGGAGAUGUACCCAGGAAGCUGAAGGUGCAAGUGACUAGAGCGUUCAUUGCUGCACGGACCUUUGUUCAGGGGCUGACAGUAGGCAGAGAGGUUGCAAACAGAGUAUCCAAGGUCAGUCCCACCCCAGGGUGCAUCCGGGCGUUAAUGAAGAUGUUGUACUGCCCUUACUGCAGAGGACUUCCCACUGUGAAACCUUGCAACAACUAUUGCCUCAAUGUAAUGAAGGGCUGCCUAGCAAAUCAGGCUGAUUUGGAUACUGAGUGGAAUCUGUUCAUAGAUGCUAUGCUUCUGGUAGCGGAGAGAUUAGAGGGACCAUUCAACAUUGAAUCAGUCAUGGAUCCUAUUGAUGUCAAGAUUUCUGAAGCCAUCAUGAACAUGCAAGAAAACAGCAUGCAGGUGUCGGCAAAGGUUUUCCAAGGAUGUGGCCAACCUAAACCAGCACCUGCCCUGAGAUCUUCCCGUUCUGUCCCUGAAAACUUCAAUACCAGGUUUAGACCGUAUAACCCAGAGGAGCGACCUACAACUGCUGCUGGCACAAGUUUGGAUAGGCUGGUAACAGACAUUAAAGAAAAGCUAAAGCUCUCUAAAAAGUUCUGGUCAGCAUUACCCUACACAAUCUGCAAGGAUGAGCGAGUGACAGCUGGUCCAUCAAUCGAGGAGGACUGCUGGAACGGCCACACCAAGGCAAGAUACUUGCCUGAGAUUAUGAACGAUGGCUUGACCAAUCAGAUCAACAAUCCAGAAGUAGAUGUGGACAUCACAAGGCCAGACACCUUCAUUCGACAACAAAUCAUGGCCUUACGUGUUAUGACUAACAAACUGAAGAACGCGUACAAUGGAAAUGAUGUCAACUUCCAGGAUACAAGUGACGAAACCAGUGGCUCAGGCAGCGGAAGCGGCUGUACAGAUGACAUCUGUCCCACAGAGUUUGAUUUCAUCACCACUGAAGCACCACCAGUCGACUCCGACAGGAGGGAGGUGGAGGCUUCAGCCGCGCAGCCUGGCCGGUCACUGCAGACGUUGCUCGUCAUCUUCAUCAGUCUCGUACUGCAGAGACAGUGGAGAUAAUCCUGGAUCUGGUCAGAGAAACUGUGUUUUAGCUACAGAAACAGCCAACUUUCUUCUUUUCUUAUACUCUUGGACAAUGGACCAUGCCACAAACACUUGCAGUUUUCUACGAGAAGAGAGCAGUACUGCAACCUGCUUCCCUUUUUUGUUUUCCCAAAGAGUACCAGGUGCCAGACUGAACUAAUUCCUGCUUUUUUCAGAUAUGUCUGAAGAUGAUAUCCUCUCUUGAGAGAAUUCUUUCUCAAACCUUUAUUACAGGAGACUUUCUGAGCUUCAUUUCCUUUUAUGCUGCAAAAGUUAAAAAAGGAUCUUACAGUGUGUGUUUUUCCGUAACAAGAAAAAAGAGGGGGGAAGAAACCAAGAACACAGUUUUCUUUCUGAAUCAGGCCUGACCAAGGCUGCUGCAUUUCAACAGAAUAUCAAUGAAACAAAAAAAAGACAAGAAAGGAACAACAAAAAAAAUGCAACCGUUCUUCACUGACAUCCAGGUUUCCUUUAGAAACUUCUGUAGGAUGAUUCAGGUCAUCAGAAUGAUCAUUGCUAUAGGGAGGAAGUCUGGAUUUUUUUUUUCCAACACAAAACUAUGUCUCAGCGGUGAAUGCCUUGCACUCCACCUGCCAACCACAUCAGAUUGGUAUGAAGGUAGAGAAGCUGAAAAAUAAAAAUCUCUUUUAGUAUGAUUGUAACUCCACUAGCUUCAGAAUAUCAUGUUACAGUUGUUUAGGAUUUAAAUCUUAAUGCCCAGUAUAAAUUGAGUAGUAGCACGAUUUCACCUAGCUUCUUUUAGUAUUUAUCCAUGUUAUACAAUUGGCACAGAUUUCCACUUAUCUCACCAUCAGCCCUGGUGGUAAUGCUAAACAACGCUCCUGACAAAUCUCCCCUCAAGGGUUUGGACAGAAAAUAAUCUCUUGUGAUAUAACCUCUUUCCUUUUGUCACUGUUCUGACAUCGAUUAGGACUUCCUGCUACUAUGUUCGUUAUCCUACCAAGACGACAAUUCUCUAAUGGACUAACAGCAACCUGAUCGAUAGCGUAUUUCACGUCUAACUACAUCUUUCAUGUCAGUUAAUUUCAGCAUCACAAGGAUUUCUUCCGCAAAAUUUCAGAACAAAAAAAAAAUAUAGUACUGACAUGGAGAUUUCUUUCACUUUUUUAGUCUUAGUAUGAUCAUCUAUUUUUAUAUAUAUAAAUAUAUAUAAAUCACAGAUUUUAACUGCUUAAUUACAAGCUCAGGGUUGACACUUCUUUGUAAGAAAAAAAAAAUGUUUGGUCAACCAGCUCUUCUUUUUUUGUGCUGCUCUGAAAAGUAACCCUUUAAUGACUGGUGAGCACGAAAAUCAAAGAAGAGAAUUUUUUACAUACCCAGUUGUCCAUUUCUUAACAUAUUUGCAGGGUGGGGGAGAAAACCUCUCUCAUAUGUGUGUAUUUGUAGGGAGCAUGUAAGUUUGUGCGAUAGGCCUAGAGAAGGACACAGAUGUUAUUUGUGAUGGCAGUUGUACUCCCAGAGUCUUCAAGGAUGCAUUGCUUUAAUAAUCAUUGCCUGAAUGACCAUUGGCCUGGAGAGAGUUUCCCUAAUUUGCAUCUGGUCAUAAGACUGUAGGUGGAAGCUGUUUAAAUCCUGGACAAAUGAGUGUCAACGAUUAGACAUCAAAACCUUCCCUCUUCCAUCACCCACAGACGAAGGGCUUCUGUGACAAUUCUGCGUGGUGUUGAAAUGAUUCGCCAGAAAUUUAUUUCCUGAUUCUUACUGUGACUCUGGAAAUGGUAUUCACAAAUUAUGGAAACACUGUAAAGCCAGCCAAACACAUUACAAUUUAACAGCAGAGCAGGUAGAUUAUAUCCAUUGCAAUCUCUUUUUCUUGUCAAAUUAUAAUUAGCUAUCGAUUUAGGCAUGAAAUUAAAGUAGAAAACACACAGCACAUUAGGAUUAAGUAUACUUAAGCACUUUUACCAAGAAGUAUUUACAAACUAUCUAUACAGUAUGUCUAAUAACAAAAAGCAUAGGUUUUGAGCCGCUUGUAUUCUACUCUUUCCUUCCCAUUUGUUUGUUUCCUUCAAAGCAUAAUGGUCUAUUUUUCUUGGCCCAGCCUAGUGUGCAGGAGUCACUGGCUAGCUGGUCGGAUCAUGUGUGUCUUACACCCGCUGUAGCAGUGCUCCCUGCCACUCUGAUGGUUCACUCUAGAGCGGGUCUCAUGAUUCAGCAUUUAAUGCCUUCAGGAAGUUAUACAGCGGAGUUUAAGCCAAUUUCCACAGACUUGCAUUGGCCCUGGUACAGCAGGUACCAAGCAGAGGAUAUUUGCUUUGGUUUUUUUCCUGAACCUGCAUAUGCAGCUUUCUACAAGGAGAUGCCUUUAAAACUCUCCCCUACUCUAUCACUUUCUACCCAUCUACGCGCCCUUUCCAUGCUUUUCCUCCUCAGCAACUUUGUUUCAGGACAAGUUGAGUGUCAUUUUGAUUUUUCCCGUUGUGCGUUUAUUCAGUGGUAACUGAUAUUAUUUCCAUCUGAUUAUUCUGGGUCUGGAAGUUUGUUGACAGGUAACAAAGUCCUCUGAGGCAGGUCUUCCGUUGUACUGGCUCCACGCUGCUAGCUAAGGAGCUGAUGGGCUCCCAGGGUCUCUGUGUUAGCCUCAGCCCACAUUUAGGUGAUCUGAUGUUUUCAGCUAGUGCAGCCAAACUGGGUGUCCAGGGUGCUCUCAGCUAUUUGUAGACCUCCAUGGACUUGUGGGCAAGGAGUAACUGGGAUCCCUAAGAGCUAGGGGGUUUGCUGAAGGCUGUUCUCACUCGAGGUUCUUCCAGGAGGGGCCCUGCUCUGCUUGGACUGGAUCUUACAACUGGCUGGUGAAACAACAAACCAGACUAAUCUUUGCCAAAAUGCAAUUGUCUUGUGCGAGUUCUGCCAGAAAUUUGUGUCUUCCAUGUUAUUUCUUCUCUUACUUUCCUACUAUGCAUGAUGAUAUCUUGUCAAGAGAUGGAGAUGCCUUUGCAUGAGGUAUUAGGCAUACAUUUCUUUAAUAGUCCCUGUAUGAAUUCUCUUCAUACAUUGCAUUUUCCUGAGAUUAAGAGAGCUAUUAAAUCUGCAGAACAAAUUAAACUGGGAACGAAGGAAAGAAAAAAAAGAGCAUUUGUGUUCAUAAAUGCAAAAAUCUACAUAACUUCCAAUGCUUCUAUUUGCACACCCUUUACAUUCAUUAACUCUUAUUCUAAGGUAAUUUUUUGGUGUGCCGCAAUUUAAAUAUUUCUCUUCUGUUAGCAGCCGGUAAAGGAAAAAAUGAUAAAGACAAUUACCUGUUCAAGAAAGAGGACCCAAGUCCUAAGAAAAAAACAACCCUUUGAUUUUGUAAACCCUUUAUGCUCUGCAAUCCAGAAGUUCUUGCCAUUUUAUGUCCUUUUACAGUGGAGGCUAUUAAAAAAUUAGACGCAAUGGAUAAUACAACCAGUGCUGUAGACCCCUGUGAGGUUUUCCAUUUUAAUAUUAAUUACAUUAAUUUUACAUUGUCUCCAAAUUUUUAGUGUUCACUGUACUGCAGAUUUUUCUACUGAUGACUUGGUACACACUGCUGUAACUGUAGCGCAGACUGCCUGAACUCUGGCUAAACUCAGGCAUUGCAGAAAAGGCAAUCAGAAAGAAUCAAAAAGAGAGGGUAAAGAUUUCCUGCUAAAGAGGAAGAGCAGAGGAACCUGUGCCUCAGGGUUCUGGUAAGGGCUGAUUUAUCCCAGUUCCCUAAGAGGCAUCGCAGAGCUCUGGCCAUGGAAAGCUCCCAAAAUCUGAGUCUUACUCAUACAAAUUAUCCCAGUUCUGCCAGAUUUUUAGGAAGGACAAAUCCCACAUCUGUGUGAACCCAUUUGAGCUGCUUCCAUUCAAAAUGGUUGUGAGCUAGAGCUGUUCUUGGGAGGUGGACUGUGCGUGCAGUGUCUCAGCAGGCAGCAGUUGCCUUCAGUUUACUAACCAACCCUGAACCAUUAUCAAAUGUAACUACACUUAUUCACUGACACUUUUUUAUUACUUCAACAUGAAAAAUAAAUUACAGCACUAAUGCAAGUUGUGGUUUUUGGUUUUAAUUUACUUCAGAGAUAAUCCAUUAAAACUGAAUACAGAAAAUUUUUUAAUGAUUCUGGUCUGGGAAAAUCAGGUUUCUGCAGGUUUCAUUAUGGAAAUAAAUAUCUGAACAAACUUCCAAUAUUAAGAAGAAAUCCACAUUUCAAAGACUACAAAGUUAUAUUUACUAUAUUAACCCAUAAAUUUUCAAACCUGCUGGAUGAGAAUGAAUAGAGUUAACAAUAGUGGAACAUCACCUAGAACUGCAAAAACCCUAAUGUCAGUCAAACACAGUCAAAGGCUAAGACUUAGCUGUGGGGCUGAGAAGAUGUUGUCAAAACACAAUAGACACAGCAAUGCAUACCUGCAAGAGAAUUAGGGCAGGUGAUGGACUGAGCAGGGAAAAUCUUCCAUUACAGCUAUUCACGUGGACUGUGAGGAUCAUACUAACGUGUAAUUAUGAGCCUUUUUUGGUAAAAAAAAACAAUAAAGACCAGAGCACCACAGUAAUAGGGGACAUGAAAGAUAAACAAUAUGGUAUUAACCAUUCUCUCACCUGUUAAAAAGCAUAGGAGACCCAAAGGAGAACCAAGAACUUUGAAAUUGACUUCUAAAACAAACUUCUAGCACCAGGCAAGAGAGAUGGCCUCAGAUCAAUUCAGUCAGAACAUUUUCCAACAGCCUGUCCCAUCCAAAUCUGCUGACCAAUACAAUCACUUGACAGUAAUUUGCCAAUGUAACAUGAAGCAUUCACUUACAGUACUCACUGCUUUUUCUACUAGACUGACUAUAUAGUUUACCCUUCUGAUUGUGCAUCACAUGUGUUGAUAUAACGAACUUGUGCAUUGCACCUGCGUGAAAUCCCAUCCCCUUGACAAAGCAAGCGAGAGCUUUGUCACUAACAAGGAUUUUUACUAUAAUCAGGAAGAAAAAUGUAAGUCCUUUUUUCUGAAAGCUGUUCAUAUUUGUUUUCUUUCCAACUCUCAAUAAAACAGCAACGUUGUCCAUUAAAAAGGUGACGUUAGUAUCCUCACCUAUCAGUUUCCAAACGUUAUUCCAAAGCAGCCACAGUGUUUCUGCCUGGAUUCCCCACAGCCGAGGUCUCUGGACUGUCCACAAGUUGAAGAAAGUCACAUAGGUUUGUCCAUAGCUUAAAGUAUACACAUUUAAAUCAAGAAAAUGGAUCAGUAUUUCAAUCAGCUCUCAUUUCACCUUUAUUUUUCGAUAUGUAGCAUUGAUACUUAACAGUGUAACAUUGAUAGCAACAGUGUAACAUGAAAGGCUUUUUCCUCAUGGUGCGCUGGAAAAAAAAAAUUUCUUCUUGCUUUUCCUCGUUUAUUCUGGCACCAGGAAAUCUGUAAGGCUUAAUACUGUAAGCACUAGGCAGCACCCGCUGGUGUAGUUUGUUUAUCAAACUAAGUACAGCUGCAGUACCAAAAGAAGUUGCCUUUCUUCUUCAGAGGGAUUAGGGAAAGGGAGUAUCAAUUCACCAUUAGCAAAAAAGAGGUAUAGAAUGACAACUAUUUAUUGUAGAUAUAGCAGGGUACCAUCUGUCAGUAUCUCUGAAGACCUUUUAAGACCAAGUUUCCAGGGAAGACAAAUCUAAUUCCUCUGAAAUAAAAAUCAGCAUGAUUUUCUUCCUUGAAAAAAAGUACAAAGUAUAUGGCUUUCAGCUCCAAGCACUGGGGAGGUUGGAAAGAAAUUUGCCUUCUUCAAAGUCAGAGGCUAGGCUAGUCAUUUAGCCAGUUCUGCUGCUCUCAGCUCCUGGAGCUGCUUUUAUACCUCCCCAAGGCUCUGCCAAGCUCCCAUGCAGAUCACCUGAAUCACGGAACAUCCUGGGCAUGCAAGUUGUCCCUGCCGAUGACGGAGCAUGUUCUUCCAAGACAGUGAGAGAGCCAACUGAGGAAUGAGUGAGGGGAGCAGCGACUUCACAGUGAGACCCAGCAGAUACAUGACUGUGGGGGAUUAGCAAUAAAAUCACGCAAGAGACAGCUGGUGUUCCUCACUGCUGUCCAGCUCUUCCUUUCAACCUACUGCCUGUGAAUGUUCUGCAUAAUCUAAUUAUAACCAUACACUAGCGUACAUAACAAAGGCCCAAAUAUUGUUUCACAAGUCAGUGGUAUUUCUGUAGUCUGCUCCAAGGCUUCUCUCUCUCUUCUUAGUUUCUAGGUGAGCUGGCUAAUUCUGUAUCUUCCAGUGUGUGGGGAAGAAUUUACUACCUAAAACAGACUUCUUUGUGUCAGUAGUCCUUUUUCCUAAAAAUAUACAUUAGUUAGGCACAGAAGUCCUUCACAUCUCUCACAGAAAUUACUCUAUUCCACUACACAUCUGGUCAGUUUUCUUUUCAAGCCUUCUCACGGUCACUCAUGGGGGCUUUGGCGAAAGCCCAAACUCCAGUCAUUCAGUCAAGGCUUCAUAAUGGUCUCCCGUGUUUCACUAAAUACCCCAAACAUAAGGUUACAGGUGGGCUGUGCUCUUUCUUCUCUCCCCUCUCCUCACUCCUCACCUCGAAGUACCAUCCUGGGCCUGAAAAAAUCUUUCAAAUGGAUGUUUCAUCAAAGCUAGUGCAUUCUAGGAAAAAAAAAAAAAAAAAACCAAACAAAAAAAAACACCACCAUGCUUUUUGGCAAGCCUGUGUUUCCUGAUGAUAAAUAUUUCUAACUAAAGCUUCCUGUCUGGGUCUCUUCCUCCUGCGUGCCACACGUCCCAUCUGUCUUUGAGUCAACGAAGUCACCUGCACGAUCAUUUUCUUCUCCAGGCUGAACUGCCUUGUCAGUCAUUUUUAGCUGACUGGAUUUUCUGUCUCCCUUGCCCAGAUCUCUGUGCCUUUGGUAGCCUUUAAUGCAUCUCUUUUCAGACAGAGAAUGUAGCAACAAAGAGAUUUGAUCCACAUGUUCUGGGGUUUUUUUCAGUCUUGAUCAGACCCCACCCUUUAGUUUAUAUUCUCUAUUCUAAACAUGUUCUGCCAGGUGUAUGUUCUUGAUCAUCUGACAUAAACCCUGAUGACUCUUUUUUCAAUCUAGUAUAUUAUUAGAGCUUAUAGACUGCAUUCUGGCUCAUUCAUUCAGUUGUGGCAAAAUUCUGUUUCUUCCUUACAAUUAUAGCAUACAGUCUGUGUUUUGUUAUUGUCUGCUGUGCUGAGGAGCCAGCAAGGCCAACAGAAAAGAAUUUGUGGAUUGUCUAUAGCAAGAUUAACUGAACAGGUAACCACCAGGAAACAAUUCAUAUCACUCCUGUAACUGAUUGUUUUGAAGUUUGGUAUUGGAAUUUUUUUUUUCCUUUUAUUUUUUUUUAACAUUCUGAGCUUUAUUUGAUUUACUUUCAGAUCGGAUAUGUGUAUAUUACAUUAUAUGCAUGUAAUGUGACUACAGAUUAACUGUUUCAGUCUUUAGAUAACAUAGACUAAUUUUAAGUAGUCGGUCAAUCUUAGUCUGUUUGUAAGAGCUACAGAGUGUUGAUCACUCUUAAAAAUCUGCCCAAAGAGAAGUCAGGGGAGUUCAGAUUUCAGCUUUGUGCUACUAGUUGAGUUUGAGGCUGCAAGAAUAUUUUGUAAAUAAUUUGUGAAUAUGUGCAUGUACUUGAGAGGGGAGAAGGGACAACCUGCAUCUCCAAAAUACUCCGAAGCUUCUUUUCAACUUUUACCUAAUCUGAACACAAAUUUACAAAUAAAGAAUUUGCAUUCAGAUGUUCAGGGAUGUCAAACUACAUAAAUUGAUAGACAUUUAUAUACCAAUUCCUUCCAGGUUACUUUGUUUUGUUGGUGAGCAAUAUUGUUUAAUUCCCACUAGCAAUUUUGUUACAUUUAGCAAAUUCAAAGAAAGGGUGUUGUUUAAGUAGGCCAGAUGUCUUGAUUUGGGUACCAACUGACAUUUAUACUUGCUUGUUAAACUUUUACAACUCCAGACGUAUGAAUAUCACUUAAAAGCAUGCAAAUUGUUAGCUCUGGUUUUGAUGCUGUAUUUCUAGAUUAGCAUUUAACAUAGUUAACUGCGAAUUGAUAGGGGUGAUAUUUGAAUGCAAGUCAAGUUUAGAGCAAAAUUGGCUUUAGACAGAAAUAGGGUUGGGCUGAAAAAAACUCAUUAAACAUUAAACCUGCUUUUCUGCAGACCCAAUUUUAACAUUUCAGCCUAAUCUGACAUGAAAGAAAAAACCCUACAGAUCCUGUCUAUAGACCACACCUGAAACUAAAUGGUACAGCUUCAGUUUUGGGAGAGUUCCGAACAAAAUGAAAGUUAAAGAAAAAUCCAAUCUCCCAUCUCCAAACACUACUUACAGAGAUACAGUAUUUAGCAGCAUAUGGCAGUGUGUAUCUAUAUGUAGCCAUGCAGCAAGGCAGAGUUUGAACUUUUAAGGAAAAUAUUCUUUAUGGCUUUGUAACUUCAGAGAAGUAAUGUACCAUGGACAGAAAUAGAAAAAUGUAUACAAUCGUUUUGAUACAUUUGUGAAAUAGGUUUCACAGAGCCCAGUGUUCUUUGUGUAAAAUGCCUUAAAUCACUUUCUGUAGGGCUAAUGCAAUUGAAUUUGUUUCUGUAUAUAGCCUUUUAUAAUAAUAACUUUGGAUGCAACACUAGACUUUUCUUUCCACUACAAUCAUAUACAGCCUUAUGAUUACUAACUACAGUAGACAGACUAUGAAAGCUCUGCUUUAUUAGCUGUAAAUGCACUUUCAGUCCACUUGUAGACUUAGAGCUUGGAAGCAAGAGAACGUGACAGUGCCAAGAGCACCAAGACCUUCCUGAUGGGCAAUCACUACAUAAUCUCAGGCUUGAAAUCCUCUCCACUGACUCCUUUUCCUCUCACCCCAUCUGUCUUCAUGUAAACCAUCUGUGUCUUAGGGCCUCGGGUCAUCCCACCUAGCACUAGGCACUUCAGGGAGCAUGUUGCUCAGCAGGGUUGUCUUUCUAGGUCUCUGCAGUUGGUCAAAAGAGACAGGCACUUCCAUAUCUGGGAAGGAGCUUAGCUCUCUUCCCGGCGCAGGCAGCCUGGGAUGACAAGGCCUGUCAUUUAGGUACCUCACUAAAGUGCCUGGAGGCAGAUGCCACUGGUGAGACUGGAGGAAUCUAGGCUUCACCCAGAGUCCUGCCCUCCUCACUGGUACAAUGGUGCCUCUUUAUGACAGUGCUGGAGCGAGGAGCCUGGAGAGGGAACUCAUCUGGGGGAGUCAUGCUAUAAUGACUUCAUUUCGGGCCAAACCUAUCCUGAUAUAACUAGAUGUACAACCAACAUACAUUUUCUGUUCUGAAUACUGCCCAACACUGUUAUGUUUAUAUUCUUCCUUAUAAGACAUUUUAACCUGUCAACUACCCUAGCUACGAACACACUACACCACUGCCUUCAAUACGCAUAUGCACAAGGGAUGGAGCUCAACAGGUCUCUCCUGAAAUCCCAGAUGCCUUUCCAAGACUGGUGAAAGCAGUGCACAGGGCUCAAGCCAGCUCAGAGAGUUAGCAAGGAGUAAGGUGUACGUCACCAAAGGGCAGAAAACAGGAUAAUACAGUGCCUCAAGAGUGAGAACUGCGACAAAGAUACCCUUUGGGUUUAAUCAUUAAUGCGCUUAGUCAUUUGUCAGUCUCAGCCCUUACUGCAUCAAUGAAAGGCAAAUACACAUUUCCUAAGAGGUCAGUAGAGGAAGCAAGGUUAAUAUAGACAGGAUAAUGCUGACAAACGGCUAACACACUUCUUGCAGAAUAGCCGGUUGUUAUGACAGAAAAUGACUUUUUUAAAGCCAAAAAUAAUUACAUGCAGCUUCCUCUGUAACCCCCCGCCAUCUCUUGGGACUCCAUAAUGAGGGAAUCCUUUUUCUUUCCCCAGUGCACUUUUCAGGGGUCGGUACUUGAAAAGUAGCAGAAAACGAAAGCCCUAGCUAUAAAGCAUCCAUUCAGUGUCCAGUUUUCCAGGUCUCAUGCUCUUCCACUUUGUUUUCCUUUUCGCAUUUCUGAGAAUGUGUAUACACAUUUAUUUACACAUAUACACACAUAUAUAUCUCCAUAUAGCCACAAGCCAGUACAUUUCAAGUGCAUAUGCUAUAAAAGACUAUUGGAAGGACACCAUUUACCACAAUACUUGACAUGGAGCUAUCGAGGAGAGUCCCAGGCAGGGUAUUCUUGCUCUAGAGAUUAUUAUAGCUUGUGCCGCUAUAAGUGCUGUUGCAAUUUUCUGAAAUAACUGUGGAAAAGCUUAGUCUGCAGAUAUUAUUGGCAACAUCUGCUGGUAGUAGAAUGGAAAAUGUGAAAAAAAAAAGACAACUAUCUAGGUUAAAAACAGAAACCUAGAUGGUAUCUUGUUCACAGUAUUUUGGGGCUUUACUCUUAUAAAUUUCGUUAUUUCUUGGUUUUUUGUUUGAACAAAAAAAAAAUUAUAAAAGCUCAGUGAGCUUUUCAGAACCCCUACCUCCUUCCUUUUGGACUACAAUAAUUGUAAAAUAAUGACUGUUCUAUAUUUAUGAAAAUAUGUUCUUCAAAAAUGAAUUGGGUAAAAUACUGAUGAUCAAAACUGUCAUCCUAUUUGGUGGCUUUUUUAAAAUGAAAUUCAUAAUCCACGGAAAGUAGCUCUUACUUCUAAUGGUACCAUCUGACCCCCCUUUAACUGAAUUACAGACUUAUAAUCAUACUGCCACUGUCCAUCACCCAAGAAUGACAUGACACAAUGAUACCCAAUGGAUUACCCCCACAGUCACAGGGUCUUUUUCAUCACAUCUUUCCCUUUCACACACUUUCCUCCAGAAAGUUUUGAUUAGUUGAAAUGCAUUCAUAUUUCCCUGUGGAUAAAAAGAGGGGAAGUGUUUGACAUUUUCAAGACAAUCUCAGAUGGUACUGUUCGGCCCAUUGCUUUUCCAUUUCCCCUUGAGUCUUUACUAAGUCCAGUAUACAACAGUUAAUGUGGUUUUCACAAAGCAGUGAUCAGUAAUGUAAAUACCAUUUCUUCCCUCAAGACUUAUAAUGAAUUUUGUGUUUCUUAAGCUUGUUUCUUUCACAAUUUGUCAUGUCAAGGGUGUUAAAGAUGAUAUUUGGAAAUCACAGAACAGUUAAACCAUAAACUGCUGUGUUCCUGUCCAUUAGCAAGAAAAGUUUGACUACAGGGAUAUUUUGUUGGAAGGGUUGUAUUAACCGUCAUUUACACACAGACACACACACAUAUAUAUAUUUGUAGUGUUGCGCCUGCUUCUUUCAUAUACCUUAAAAUUACUACCAGAUAAUGAAUGACCUCCUAUUAAACUCAUUUCUUUGUAAUGCAUCUUCCUGAAAUAUAGGCGUUAGAAGACCUUGCUGCUCAGCCAAGGCAAUUUUGCCUGGUGCAAUAUUAUGUUACUAGACAAAGGCAUUUGAAAAAGGCCAUGCAUUUUAUUUUCUAAAUCAAUACUUUCUUUUGCUGCCUACUGAAAAAUCCUUUUUUAGUGCUUACAACACAUUUGAGAGUUAGGAUAGGAUUGUAAUAUUCAGUAACAGACUGAGACAAUAACUAGCAUUCUUAAAGAUUAAUUUUAUUUGCCCUGCCUUUUGCCUGCAAACAUUAUCCACAUAAUGCUUUUCAGACAGAUUGUAUCUUGUUAGUUUCCCUGCUUCAUAGUAUACAUAUAUUAACAAACACGUAUUUUCACUGACAACAGUGUAAGGCAAGUUAUUUCUCUCAUAGUGUUAUUCUACUGUUUAUUCAUGUGCAUAUUUUACAUUUGCAAUGGCUUGUUGGAAAGUCUAAUUGAUUGUCACUGAUUACUAGCCAAAGUUUUGCUUUUGUUAAGACACCAUUAUGUAAAAUUCUGAUCAUUACAUGAGAGUUUAAUUCUGAUUAUUAAAUCGCAAGAAUAUUCUUUUCAAAAUCACAGCAAACUCUUUAUCAGUGAAACUCCACAAAAACACUGUCUUAAAAAUGUUAGAAAACACAGUUUUUCCAGUUGUCUUUAUAAUGAGAAAUAAAGAUACUUUUCUCAAUUAAACAAGAAAAUAUGUUGAUCUUUAUAUUAAUCUUGCCGUAAUUGGACUGGCAAAGCAUUAGAAUAUAGAAUCCACUAUUAACUAACUCUCCAUGCAGAAAGUGCAAUAUCUCAGCUAAAAACGAUCAGUCUGCUUGUCAGGAGAGUCUUGCUGAUGCAACACACAAAGUCAUAUGCAGACCAUCUACUAUAGGUAUUUCGUUGCAGCAACUACUGUGGCAUGCAAUGUGAGGAAAGCAAUGAGGGAGUCAAACUAUCUGCCACCCAAUGCCAUGAGAUCUCAACUGUCUAUACGAACGAUCGACAGACAGAAAUAGGGAAACAUAUGCUCUCCACCUGCUAAAGGUGCAUAUAUUAUGCGUUGCUCUUACUUCUCUCUGUUGACAGUACAGAGGAUCCUUGGUCUGGCAUCAUGGUAUAAUAAGCCAUGUGAAUGAUUCAUGACCAUCUUCAGCUCAGAAGCCAUUACAGACAUGCACAGUGCCACAGUAGGUGGUUUGCACGCAGCCCGUUAAUCCAAGUAUCAAAGAUAGGUGAUCAGAAGUAGUCAUUUUGGUGAGGUGACUAUUCCCAAGGUGUAUGGAUGACUCCCCAAUGUACCUUCUUUUAAUCCAAAGUUUGAAAGUGUUACAGCAAUCUGGACAAUGUAAUUUACGCUGUGUGAGGACUAUGCAAUGGAGGAUCAGAAACGCCUUCACCAGCCUCUCUGGUCUUCCUUCCACUGAAGCUAGUGAGAGUUCGCCAUCGGCUCCAGUACCAGGAGAAGCAUAUCUAACAAGUUUGAUAUUAACCAUUUAAAUUUACGCUUAUAUCCUUGGUGUCUCUCUUUCAGACAACACUGAUGACACUUACUUUAUUAGUUCAUAAUUAGAACAGUAAUAAAGUGUGGGGCAAUCUUUUACACUGUUGCUUAAUAUUCAGUACUGUAUGUAUAUAUAUAUACUUGACACCUCAGUGAAGACUUUGACAUGCCUUAUUCAUUCUAGUUAUUUUUAUGGUAUUGGUUUUGUUAGAUUGCUUUACCAUAUAAAGAAUAAAACUAUAACUGCUCUG